CUUGGAGUUUUCACCAGGCCAGUAUAGGCUUACUGUACUGUGGGCGAAGCUGUGGAGUUUGAGCUUUGGGCUUGAGGGCUGUCAGGACUCGGCAUGGCCGCGGCUGUUAAAGCAGGGUUAUGGCAGAGAGGGGUUAUAUCAGUGUCACGGCGCAGCAGCCACAGCAGCACUGCCCUCAAACCUCAAUAUGACGCGGUUAUUAUCGGUGCAGGUCACAAUGGCCUUAUUGCUUCAGCAUAUCUGCAGAAGGGAGGCCUGAAAACAGCAGUCCUGGAACGCAGACAUGUGCUUGGAGGAGCAGCUGUAUCCGAAGAGAUCGUUCCAGGGUUCCACUUUUCCAGGGCCUCCUAUCUGCUCAGUUUACUGCGUCCACAAAUCUGCCAGGACCUGGAGCUCAAGAAACAUGGCCUCAAGGUGUACAUGAGGGACCCCUAUGCAUUCACCCCCAUGUUGGAGGAUGCUGUAAGAGGGCGACUACCGCGGUCUUUAACUCUUGGAGCUGACCUGGCAAAGACCCAGCAAGAGAUUAGCCAAUUCUCAGAAAAAGAUGCCAAGGUCUAUCCUGAAUUUUUAUCCUAUUUGGAAAGACUGGCCUGUGCCAUCCACCCUCUUUUAGAUUCUCCACCUGUUGACAUUCCAGGACUGACUCAGGGCUCUUUGGCAAAGAAAAUAUCUGCCCUGAGGAGCUUGAAACCUUUGGUGAAGUCUGGAUUGAAAUUAGGGAAGAAUAUACCAGAUUUCUAUGAACUUGUUACAGCUCCAGCUAUGAAGGUGCUCAAUCGCUGGUUUGAAUCAGAGCCGCUGAAAGCCACAUUAGCUACCGACUCUGUGAUUGGUGCAAACACAAGCCCAAAUAAUCCUGGAAGUGGAUACGUCCUGCUGCACCAUGUCAUGGGUGAGCUGGAGAAAGAGAAAGGCGCCUGGGGUUACGUGGAGGGAGGAAUGGGUGGAGUGUCUCAAUCGAUUGCCCGCUCCGCCCGGUCUCUCGGAGCAGAUAUUUUUACGAACAGGGACGUCAAACACGUCCUUAUUGGCCAGGAUGGUUCAGUCAAGGGCGUUGUGCUGACGGAUGGAACUGAAGUCCACAGUAAAGCAGUUCUGUCCAACGCCACUCCCUACAUCACCUUCAAACAGCUCACACCACAGGAUGCCCUUUCAGAGGCAUUCAUCACGGCUGUAGAUCAGAUCGACUACACUUCUCCUGUUACCAAGAUAAAUGUGGCUGUAGACAAGCUGCCAAAUUUCUUGGCUGCUCCGAAUAGUGUGAACGGAAAACCAGGUCCCCAUCAUCAGUGUUCAAUCCACCUGAACUGUGAGAGUGUGGAGGUGCUGGAGGAGGCCUACAGGGAGGGCCAGCAGGGACGCCCGUCCUCCAGGCCUAUGAUAGAAAUGACCAUUCCCUCAGCGCUGGAUCCGACUCUAGCGCCCCCUGGCUGUCACGUAGUGUCUCUCUUCAUCCAGUUUACGCCAUAUUUGCUGGACGGUCGCCGCGCUUGGACUGACGAGGACAGGGAGAGAUUUGCUGACACAACGUUCGACUGGGUUGAGCGUUACGCACCUGGAUUUAAAAAGUCUAUAGUUGGCAAAGACAUUUUAACCCCCGCUGAUCUGGAAAGGGUCUUUGGUCUCACCGGAGGGAAUAUAUUUCAUGGCUCAAUGUCUUUGGAUCAGCUUUACCUGGCGAGACCUUUGCCCUCGGUAGCAGACUACCGCUCACCGAUCAAAGGACUGUACUUAUGCGGCAGUGGCAGCCAUCCAGGUGGAGGUGUUAUGGGCGCAGCUGGCUGGAAUUCAGCUCUCAAAGUUCUUGCAGAUUUCAAGCGACUGUGAUCCCGGCCUUAAACGUGGAACACCACUUUCCGAUGAGGUGUCUGAAUGAAAAGACAAAUAAGUGUGCUUAUUCUGUGUUUUUAACACUCCCGGGUUGUUCUCGUUCUAGAAUGUUUCAAUGUAUUUUUCACGUUGCAUUUAAAAAUAGUUAUAAUACCUUAGUCGGGGUAGCACUAUAUUUGCUUUUUCACAGGAAUGAAAAAAUAUCGCUAAUUAGCUGUUGUUUAACAGCAUAGCGAUUUUUGAACAGAAACUUCAAAAACUAAUUUGAAAACUUGCUAGCUGGAACGUACAGUGCGUGCAAUUGUAAAGACUGUAAAUCAAUCCCUCUUAGCCUCAUUUUUAAUGUGUCAAAUUCAAUAUGGUGUUUAACCUUUGCAGGUUUUGUAUAACUUGUGAUGGACCAUGUGACUAGAAACCACACUGAAUGCUCUCUCAAAAAUAGUUUUGAGAAUAAAUAACUGAUUAAUGCAACCAGUGUUUGAUGCAACCUGUGUUGUUAAAAGUGCUAUAUAAAUAAAAUUGAUUGAUUGAUUGAUUGA